GUCUUUAAUUAUUUUAUAUAAUAUUAUGACGUUAUCUGUAUAUAGGUACUAACCUUUACUGUAGGUAUCUAUGUAAUAUAUUUUAAUACAGAGGCAAGCCGGUCAUUCCAACAGUCUGUGUGUUAUGUCUGUCUUCUUAGGCCUAACAUGAAGAUUGAUUAAUCAUUCACUAAUAGUCGUUUUGGGGGGGCAUACCCACCCCAGGAAUUAGAAGAUAUAAUUCCUGGGGUUGAGGGCCAGGGUUACAACCCCUUUUCAAGAAAAUAAUCUUAAAUACGCUUGGAUAACCCAACAAACAAUACAAAAAACAAUUGAAACAAUCUUAUUUUUCCAUACAACCUCAAUUGGAUUAAUUAAUAUUAAAUUGUCAAAUCGAGUCAUAAUAAAUAUGUAUAUACAUGAUGGAUAAGUUUUCACACGAAAUAUUUUUAAAAAUAUUAGUUUAUUGAAAUGUUGGAACAAGAAUAUGGACUACCCAAAGAAAUGGCAGUUGAGAGCGCAGCUAGUUUUUUGCGAGCAUUCCGAGCGCGCCCGGACGACGAUAGUUUUGCUUUUGAAGAAUGGCCGGCACAUUUAUGGCGUAACUCCUUACCGAAAAACUACAGGCAUCUUGCUAAAACCCUAUCGACUGAAUGGUUAAAGUAUAGAUAUCAGAACUUAACUUUAUCAAAUGACGUCAUACAUCUCUUGGAGUCAUUACGGGAGGAUUAUCUUCUUGGUCUGAUCACGAACGGGCCAUCGCGUGCCCAGUGGUACAAGAUUGACCGACUCGGCCUGCGCAAGUAUUUUGACUGUGUCCUGGUAUCCGGUGACCUGCCUUGGGAGAAGCCCGAUCAACAUAUCUUUCUUGAAGCUUGCAAGUUACUGAAUGUCGAGCCACGUACAUGCAUCAUGGUUGGUGAUAGGCUGGAUACAGAUAUAAAGGGUGGUAAAAAAGCAGAGCUGGGCGGUACAAUAUGGGUACCCUUACAAAAAGAGGAGCAAUCUUCGAUCUUACCGGAUUUUACAAUUGACAAAGUAACAGAACUGCCAGAAGUCUUAUCUAACUCUCCUAAAUUGAAACGUUGUGCACGCACAUCAACUGUUUGUUGAUGUUUAUUCAUCGAAAUGCUGUCUAUUGAUUAACUUGACUGGGAGAUAUGUACAAAAAUGUUUCAAAAGACGCAAAAUUUCUGUCGCUUUUACACGCAUUCCAUAUGGAUUGUUUACAAACAAUUGAUUUACAAGCUAUUAAAAACUAAACGAUCUCAUAACGUAGUGACACCAUUUAUAGACAAUGUAAACCGCUGAUUCAUAAUUUAGGACUUAUAUAAUUAAUUGGACCUCAGAACUGCUGAAAUCUAGAUAUAAUCUAAUAAAUAUGGAAACAAAAAAAAUCGUUUAAAAAAUCAGCUUUUAGACAAUUUAAAAUAUUUAAUCUUGGUUUGUAGGUUUUUUUUUUAAUUUAAAUCAAUAUCUUCUGUUUAUUAUAACAGUUUCUCAAUCUUGACUGCUGAUAUAAAUGACGGCAUGACUUGCUUGCUUAUCCCAGCCUCGUUGCCAAACCCAUUUUGUGUUAAAGUAUGAGAUUGAAUUAAAUCAUUUAUUGUUAUAUUAAAGUCCAGCCCAAUGUCAGAUUUUUUCAGUUGCCCGUAUUACUGGUAAUUUACUGACAAUGUUUACUAGAAUGCAAUCAUUAAUGGUUCUAGUUUCUAUAACCUUUUUCAACAUUUGCACUAAUCGGAAUUGUCACAUUUUUGUCUAUACUCAUAUAAUCGAUCAUUUUACAAGUGCUGUCCCAAAUUUUAGAUCUUCUAAUUUUUUUUUAAAAAUAAAUCAUUCUUGUUUAAGUAGCUUUUUUCACUUUCAACAAAUUUCUAUUAUUAUGGUAAUAUUGCCAAUUGUGAAAUACACUUUUUCUGUGUCUAUUACUGGUGUCACUAGAGUAUAGUUAUUUUUAUAACUUCUAUAUAAUUCUUAAAUUAAAUAAUCAUUAAAUUCCCGUUUUCCAGUUAUACAGUCAGUCAUUAACAGUCAGUAAUUAUAAUCUUUAAUCAUUAUCGAAAUUUGAAUAUUAACAAGGUUCAAAUUAUUUUUUAAAUUUAAUAUUUUAUGGACUAUUAUCAUCUUUGACAUGUUCUGAUUUUGUCCUCGCUCCCAUUUAUAUAUAAAGGAAAUUAAGGUUAGACCAACUGUUUAUACAGUAUUGAAAAGUACAAGGUGUUAUUAAUGUUUAAGUUACCAUUAGUGUAAUUCCAUGCUACGGUGUCCUUGUAGAAAUUAGCUUCAUUAUGCUUAAAACAUUGGCCAAAUAUUUACUUUUGAUAUAAAUUUUCUAUACAUAUAACUUUUAUUUAUUGUACUAUGUAUAAACAAGUAACUACCUAUUCACAUUAUUUUUAAUAGUUUUUGAGUUUUUAUAUAAUGUAGUUAUAAAUAGACAGUGGAGAUUAGAUUAUCCGGACUUCAGUUAUAAGGAUUACCAACAGCAAAUAAUGUUUAAACAAAACAAAUUAAUAAGUUAUGUGGUUUUGAGUGUGUGAUUCACUUUGAAUCACCAUCGCCUAGUAUUAAUAAUAGAAAAUCCUGUCUGGAUUUCCGAUUAUCCAAAUGACUUUAGACAAUAAUAAUAAUUUGUCCAAUUAAUCCAACCUCCACUGUAGUUAUAUUUUCCUAUAUAAUUAACAUUUGUUAUAUAAGUAUAUAAAUUUCUCAACAGCACUAGCUUCAGUACACACUAUUGAUAGCUUGAAGCAUAUAUUUUUAUAUGCCAUUUGUAAACUUGACAAUUUACCUCAGACGGUAAAAAAGCCAAUUAUUUUUAAAGAAAAAGAAAUAUUUUUUUACUACUUAUAAUAAUUACUGGGAAAUUUCAUCCAGAAAUGUUUAAAAAUUAAGAACAUAGAUAAUGUUUAAAAAUGUUCUGCCUUUGAGAGCUAGCAACUUUCUUUAGUUUUCGAAACAAAACUACUUAUAUGAAUAUGUUCUAUUUCCUAUUGCAACUUUCACAAAAAAAAAUUGUGGCACAUUUUUAAACACUAUAUACAAGGUGUUAACAAAGAUUCUAUAACAAUCCAAAAUUGAUAAUACUGAAAAAAAUUGUCCAAGUGGCAGAAUAAGUGUCUGUACAAUUUGUAUAAAAAAUAUUUGUUUUCAAUCUUCCUUGAAGAAGGAUAUUUUUUAUAAAAAUUUUAAUAGUAAUCUAACGGCCACCUGGUGGAAAAUGGUAAACUUCGCCCAUAAACAUGAACGGCGACAUGGACAACGCGCUACAUUGUGACUCGUCAUAUCAGACCUUUACAUUCUUGAAGAAUAUGUUAUGUUAAUCACUAUUUAUAAAUUGUUCUUAUCUUUAUGCUAAUAACCUUUAUAAGAAGAUUAUAAAUAUUAAGGUAUUUAAGUAUUUCAUUGUGCUACGACGACGAUAGGUAGAUUAUUUUUGUAUCAACGUGUAGCACAGUAGUAAUUACCUCGCUAUAAAAGGAAAAUGGCAAUUCGAUCUGCAACGAAACAAAAUCCAAUUGCUGCUUCCUAUAUAAUUCCUAUAGUAUAUAAAUGAGUCUAAUCAUUUAAUUUUUCAUAGUUCCUGAUAUGUUUCAAUGCCUUGCGAUAAGUAACCCUUUUACUAAUUGGGCACGUAAUAAUAUAAUGUUUUCCUAAAACUAAAAGAUCUGAUUCUUGGUCUGAAGCACACUUCGAAAUGAACAAAUAUUAUACUACCUUUAAAGAUCGUCGUUAAUUUAAAGCAUCAACGCCAGACCAACACUUCUCAAACCGCUGAAACUGUACGGCACGCGGUAUACUCGUAUUUUAAGCUAUGUAUGCAGCGGCCAAAUAUAAUAAAAGCCGUAACUGCGGAGGCUAAUAGCGGUACCUAUUCUGUGCUAUAAUAAUAUUAAUUAUUUUAUUGGUUAUAUUCUAUUAAGGUUGUAUACUCUCAAGACUGUCACAUGUGAUACUGAUUAGUGGUUGUUUCAAGUUUUAUUUUUAUUACAUAGAAAUAGUCAAAUUUAUCACGACUUUGUAAGAUAGGUGCUCUUUGAAUAAAAAAUGUCUUAUUUGUUGCUAAUAUUGUAGUAAAAAAUAGCAACCAAAUACGAUUGAAUAAUGCGACAACAUUGUUUUAUUUUUAGAUGUUUAUAAGGAUUCGUAGACAAAGGGAAUAUAGGUGUUGUUUAUAAAAGUAGCCAACAUAAUACUAGGUUCAAUGUUGCGUUACCUUAGUCUCAGUAUACGCAAAUUGAAAACGUACUUAUAUAUUACAUCAAAUCAUUAUUCAUAUAAAUGCAUAGAAUAUCUUACGUAAGGGCUAAUCAUGCGCGGUAAUCUACAUUAGUUUAGUUUUGCAAUUCAUUCACACCUAAUGCAGUACCGUAUAGGCAGCUCAAUAUAUGUGCAAAUUACAACAUGUAUUGUUGAAAAUAUUUCCCGUAAUAUCCAAAAAAGAUAAAUAUACGAAUACUUACGAGUCAUAGUAAAAACUGAAUACUGUUAUUCUUUUAUAGAUGUAUGUGCACAAUACCGAUAACAUUAAAAUUUGUUGUCAUAAAGUCCACAUAAUUUUUAUCCUUAAAAUUUAAAAUAUGAAUUAAGUACCAUACUUUAAGAAUAAAUCAAUAUUUUCAGAAA